GGUACUGAUGCUCGAUUUAAAGUUGGGUCACGCAAUUGUGAUCAAUAUCAAGCUGUAAAACAACAUGAAAAAAUAGAUGAAUCUCAAGUACCAUAG